UGACUUCCGGCCCGUCGGAGGCGUGUGCGCAGGCGCGCGGUGCGACCGGAAUUGACGCCGUGGGGAGGCGGGGCCGGGCCGCGGCGUGUGCGCAGGCGCCGCCGUCGCGGGUCGGGGUUCGGCCGCCUGGGAGGACCCCGGGCGCCAGGAGAGGCUCGGUCUGUCCCCGCAGCGCAGCGCAGCGCAGCUCGGCGCCGCCAUGGACACGCGGAGGCAGCUGGCCUUCGCCAUCGUGCGCUUCCUGCAGGACCAGCUGCGCCACGGCGGGCUGUCGGCCGACGCCCAGGAGAGCCUGGAGGUGGCCAUCCAGUGCCUGGAGACGGCCUUCGGGGUGUCGGCGGAGGACGGCGGCCUCGCGCUCCCCCAGACGCUCGCCGAGAUCUUCGAGGCCGCGGCGGCCAAGGUGAGCGGCGGGGCGGGCGCAGCGCCCCCCGGGGGACCCCCGCGCGUCGGGGGAGGCUCGCUCGGGCGGCCUGACGCCUGUGCGGGGGGGCAGGAGACGCGCCCCGACCUCGCCGGCCCCGAGCUGUCGCCACCGUCGGAGGAGGACUCGGCCGAGGCUGAGCGCCUCAAGACGGAAGGCAACGAGCAGAUGAAGGCGGAGAACUUCCAGGCGGCCGUGCUGAGCUACGGCAAGGCCAUCGAGCUGAACCCCGCCAACGCCGUCUACUUCUGCAACAGAGCCGCGGCCUUCAGCAAGCUGGGCAACUACGCGGACGCCGUGCAGGACUGCGAGCGCGCCAUCCGCAUCGACCCCGCCUACAGCAAGGCCUACGGCAGGAUGGGCCUGGCGCUGUCCAGCCUCAACAAGCACGCCGAGGCCGUGGCCUACUACCGCAAGGCGCUGCAGCUGGACCCCGACAACGACGCCUACCGGGCCAACCUCAGGGUGGCCGAGCUCAAGCUGCGCGAGGCGCCCACCAGCCCGACGAGCGGCUUCGACAUCGCGGGGCUGCUGACCAACCCCAGCUUCAUGAGCAUGGCCUCCAACCUCAUGAGCCACCCGCAGCUGCAGCAGCUCAUGUCCGGCAUGAUCUCUGGGGCCCACACGCCGCUCGGCACGCCCGGCUCCAGCCCCUCGCAGAAUGACCUGAGCAGCCUCAUCCAGGCCGGCCAGCAGUUCGCGCAGCAGAUCCAGCAGCAGAACCCGGAGCUCGUGGAGCAGCUGCGCAGCCAGAUGCGAAGCCGGCCGCCCAGCUCCAGCACCGACGACCCGCAAGAGUGACCCUGAGCAUCACCACACCAACCGACGACGGAGCCCCACCCGCCCGACAGCCGCCCGCCCCCCAUCAGCCAGCGGACGCUCUCUCCCCCCCCCCCCCAGUUCGUCCGGAACCCGGUCAGGAGGCUGCCUCCCUGGUCUGGCCCCCGGGCUGAGAUGACCAGCACUGCCAGCGGGGCCCCGCCCAGCCCCGGGUCCCAAAGCCGGAGGGGCCACGUCACAGACCUCGGGACCGUCCAGCCGCCGCCUGCCGGCCCCCCUCUAGAGUGGGCACUCAGGCGAGGUGCCCUGGGACCGGCCGGCAGGAGGGUGGGGGCUCGGGUGUGGCGACCGCGUGGGAAUAAAGACGGUGUGACCUC